AUGUCGCGUCACGAAGAGUCGGAGGAUGAACGCAUUGAGUCUCCAGCUCCCGAGAACCACGUUGCCAUCGGAGAGGUCAUCGAGUUUGCUCGAAUUUACAACCUAAGCCACAAGCUCGACAUAUUCCGAAAAGCCUCCUUGUCAAUACAGGGAGACGCGCUGCUCGAGGACGUCCCUCCCAUCACAGACCACGAAACUGCAGCGAUUCUAGGAGAGACAAAAAGCAAAUGGCGACAGCCACUACUCAUGUAUUUGACAGUCGUGGCCACAGCACUGGGUGCUAUGGGCCAGGGCUGGGCUCAAACGAGCAUGAAUGGGGCGAAUCUUUACUUCCCCAAAGCUUUUGAUCUCGAUGCCGAUACUCCACGCAAUAACUUGAUCCUCGGAUUGAUCAACUCUGGUAUCUAUCUCAGUAACGGUCUACUCGGCGCUUGGCUUGUGGCUCCCCUUAAUGGAAGGCUCGGUCGAAGGGGUGCAGUCUUCUCGGCCACCCUAGUAUCUCUCCUGGCAAACAUCGGUGGGGCAUUGACUCAGAAUUGGCAGCAGUUGCUCUUCUUCAGACUGGUUCUAGGGUGCGCGCUGGGAAUCAUCUCAAGCACAUUAAAUGUAUUUGCCGCCGAAUGCGUGCCGGCAGCCAUACGGGGUGGCUUGGCGGUAUCGUGGCAAAUGUUCUGUGCCUUUGGCAUCUUCGUUGGAUUCGUUGCCAACGUCGCUGUGUACGAUUUUGGGCCUAACACCUGGCGCCUUCAGCUGGCUGGACCGUUCCUCUCCACCAUUCCGCUACUCACUAUCAUCUACAUUUGCCCCGAAUCACCAGCUUGGUAUCUGAAGCACGGGAAUCGCUAUGAUCUGGCAUUCUCUUCACUCGCAAGACUGCGUAACACUGAGCUGCAAGCGGCUCGGGAAGUAUACAUAAAUUACUUGCAGCGUCCAGAAAAAGUUAGCACACACCCGUCCUACCUCCAACAAGUCGUGCAGCUGGCCACAAUUCCCCGAAUACGACGAGCGACGCUAGCCGCUUAUACUGUGAUGAUCUCUCAACAACUUUGUGGGAUCAACAUCAUUUCUUUCUAUUCUUCAACCAUUUUUGCCGAUUCCAACUUCUCCACAUUCGGAGCACUUGUGGCAUCUACAGUUUUUGGAUUUGUCAACUUCGUUGGUGCAUUUCCAGCCGUAUGGACCAUGGAUACCCUCGGUCGACGAUCGUUGCUGCUCCUGACAUUGCCGUUUAUGGCAAUAACAAUGUUGGCAGCAGGCCUUUCUUUUAGCGUUCCAAACCAUAACCCGGCCCAUUUGUGGCUCCUAGCGACAAUGAUUUACCUCUUCUGCGCCGAAUACUCACCCGGCAUGGGUCCUGUGCCUGCUGCAUACACUGCAGAGGUUUUUCCUUUGUCCCAUCGCGAAAUCGGGGUGAGCUCUGCUGUGGCCGUGACCAACAUAUGGGCAGCGGCUCUCUCCUUAACGUUCCCCGCGCUCCUGUCAACGCUUGGAUCACAAGGUGCUUUCGUCCUGUAUGCGCUGCUCAACUUGAUUGCUCUUGGGCUCGUGUUUUUCUUUGUGCCGGAAACAAGACUGAAGACUCUCGAAGAACUCGAUGAGGUUUUCUCGAUCCCCACGAGGCGCUUCGUUGCAUACCAGGUGACGGAGUACCUCCCUUGGUGGGUUCGACGAUACGUUCUGAGGCGGAAGAAGGUCGAGCUGAAGCCUCUUGAAGGCUCUGGUGUGUACCAGGAGCUGUACCAGGAUGAGGAGUAA